CGUAAACAAUCACAACACAGCUCUUCAUAAACAACCUUCUUUCGCAUAUCCUUAUAAACUUGCCCCUAAAGUUAUUAAAGUUUCAAGAUAAUGAAGUUUUCUACUUUUUUGGUGUCAUGAUGACACAGUUCUGCAAGAACUAAAGCACAAAUAGCUGUCAUUUGAUAGCUGCUAGGCAGCAAGUUACUUCAUAAAAAGUAAUCCUAAAGUCGUCUUGGCGUACGUUGCUAUGACAACACAAUGUGUUUAUGAAUCACAAUCCCAUAAUCACGAUCAGAAGCAAAACAACACAGAAACAGUGGUGAAGCUCAAAACAGCGACAGUUGUUCCAAAAGCAAGCAUUUGUGAGGAAUAUUUCGGUGAUAGAGAUCGUGGUGACCACUAGGAAGCACUGAAGAACGAGUCACCCACAUGACAACAACACCAGGAGCACACGGAAAUGGAGAAAAUAAGUCGAAAACGUCGAAUAGGAUAGUCGAAGGGCCUCUCACUUGAAGAAAAGCUCCUGGAAGAUUUUGUGGACCCGUCUCCAAACUAAAGAUGUCUAAAGACAGUGCGUAUUUGUGCGAUAGCUCAGUGAGCUUGCGCAGUUUAACAAGUGAUGCACCUUUAUACUCAAGACAAGAAGUGUCGUACCCCUACAGCACGUCUUACCUGAACUACUCCGGUCCGGACGAGAGGGAGAUAUGUGAUCUUGUGGUGGAUUCUGGGUUAACCCUGCCCAACAGAUGGUGGCAGAUCUGCAGGGCAUACCUGGACUGCAAGGCGGCAGCAGUGCACAUUAUGGGUAAGCCAAUGCAACAUCUUGUCUUAGACCGGGUUCUGACGUUGUUGGGGAAAUUCGCCUACGACCACAUCUUUAAGAAAAAGAAGAUCCGGCAAGCAGAAGUCAGGAAGAAGUUCAAAGCCUACACAAAAGUCGCCUUUUCGGAGUACACCUUGGGUCUCCUGGACAUGCCCUCAUCACGUGACGAUCACGUGGUCUUCAGGAAUAAAAUCGUGGAAAACUUCCUUGCUGCCUUGUGGCUUUGUCAUCGGUUUCCACAAAAGAUGGUCUCCAAGUAUCACAUACCAGAUGAGGUAAAGAAAUGUCUAAAGAAAUUGCCGCACACAGAAGACGUCUGUAUACUGUUGGCCGGUCUUCUUGGGGCGAUGCACCCGGAAAAAUGCAAGGUAUUCAUGCAUAAGCUUGUGAAAAGAGCGCGUGAGAUGAAGAUAGACCACAAAGAGGCCCACAUCACCAUGAUUCUAGUCAGAUGUUGUUUCGAAGCAGACCAAAUGGUGGAAGUGGACCUGACCGAGGCUGCCAUCCUUGCUGGCACCACAAUGCCCUUCCUGCGACACGGGCUACACUCGAUAGGGGUCGCUGUUCAGACGCACCGUUUUCUCCACAAGUUGGACUUGAGUGGACUUGGCCUGAACGACCUGAGCCUUGAGUUCUUGUUGCGGCCCAUAGAGAGCCCCGUCGUGCUGAACUCGCUUGUCCUAGCUGUCAAUCAAAUCUCGGGGGCGGGGUUUGCCAGGCUGUGUGGAACUUUGGGGAUGAUGCCGAACUUGACCGAGCUGAACAUGAGCACCAAUGGCAUUGGUAAGGGAGGACUCUCUGCUAUCGGGCCUCAUUUGGACCGUCUGCAGUUGAAAACCUUGAAACUGGCCAACAACUUCAUACUGAACGAUGACGUGCUGGCGUUGUCCCGGAAGCUGCCCUGCUGUAAAACCUUACAGGUGUUAGACCUGUCCGGAAACUGGCUAACGGACAUCGGGGUCGGACACCUCGGAGAGGCGUUGGUACAUAACCACCAGUUGGCCACGUUAAACGUGGAGUCUAACGGCGUGACGGAGCCGAAGCUGAGGGAACUGGCGGAGAAUCUAGGCAUGACCCGGCCCAUAGACAAACCGGGCCUCUUGGAGAGAUCCGUGCCUCAACUCACCUCGGACACGGCACCGCCGGAACGGGAACACAGAAGACAUCACCGAGGAAGACUGUCCAUUUUCUCAAUACCGAUGAAAUACAGACCGGACUGGACGAAGAGAUUCAGUAGCUCUGACGUCACGUCUUUAGAAUCGACAUCCCAAACGUCUGUGCCGAUCUCUACUCAAAGUGCCUUGAGGAUCACUCUGGAGCCGAGCAUACCCGAACUUGUGCCGACAACGGCCGAAGUGGCGAGGGGUCCUCGGGAGAUUCGAAUUCAGAGAGAGAAUGCGAGACCAGUUGAUGACGCUCACGUGACGAGUCGUGCGCAAGCGUAUACCAUGCCUGCGCCUUUCAAGUUCUCGGUCACUCAUUUUGACCAAGAUAAAGUAAACCUGUGAAAGUCGUUAACAAAGAUGAUACGAAGAAAAGAAGAGGAACUUGCAAUUGUCGAACUUUUCCUGCACAUUUUUUUUAAUUGUGCAAAUGUCAGAAUUAUAGCAAUUUGACUAUUCCAAGGAGACAAUAUGCAAUUGCAUAAUGAUAGAUUGUACAAAUAAUUCUUAAGACAUCGGAAAUUCUGUCAUUGCUAUCAGGCAUUCGACAAUCAUCUGACAUUGUACUUUUUGCUGAAUUUGAUUGAUAUACUUUUCUACUUUGGUUCACUUCUUUAUAUAUAUUUUUCCUGUGGUGAACGAGUGGACAGUGCUUGUGCCUAGACACCGCCCGAUUCAAAAUAAAAUAUGUAACGUUAUGUACAUGUGCCUUAAAGCCUGUGCCGAAAUGUUGACCGUGUUUUCACUCUUCAGUGACAGUAAACAACCAAUUGAAACUUC